AUGUAUGUUUUCAUCCACGGCCGGGGCUCCAGGAAUGACGUACAGUGUACCGAGGACACAACACAGGGCCGGGGCUCCAGGAAUGACGUACAGUGUACCGAGGACACAACACAGGGCCGGGGCUCCAGGAAUGACGUACAGUGUACCGAGGAUACAACACAGGGCCGGGGCUCCAGGAAUGACGGCCGGGGCUCCAGGAAUGACGUACAGUGUACCGAGGAUACAACACAGGGCCGGGGCUCCAGGAAUGACGUACAGUGUACCGAGGAUACAACACAGGGCCGGGGCUCCAGGAAUGACGUACAGUGUAACCGAGAUACAACACAAGGCCGGGGUUCCAGGAAUGACGGCCGGGGCUCCAGGAAUGACGUACAGUGUACCGAGGAUACAACACAGGGCCGGGGCUCCAGGAAUGACGUACAGUGUACCGAGGAUACAACACAGGGCCGGGGCUCCAGGAAUGACGGCCGGGGCUCCGGGAAUGACGUACAGUGUACCGAGGACACAACACAGGGCCGGGGCUCCAGGAAUGACGUACAGUGUACCGAGGAUACAACACAGGGCCGGGGCUCCAGGAAUGACGUACAGUGUACCGAGGACACAACACAGGGCCGGGGCUCCAGGAAUGACGGCCGGGGCUCCAGGAAUGACGUACAGUGUACCGAGGAUACAACACAAGGCCGGGGUUCCAGGAAUGACGGCCGGGGCUCCAGGAAUGACGUACAGUGUACCGAGGAUGCAACACAGGGCCGGGGCUCCAGGAAUGACGUACAGUGUACCGAGGAUACAACACAGGGCCGGGGCUCCAGGAAUGACGGCCGGGGCUCCAGGAAUGACGUACAGUGUACCGAGGACACAACACAGGGCCGGGGCUCCAGGAAUGACGUACAGUGUACCGAGGAUACAACACAGGGCCGGGGCUCCAGGAAUGACGUACAGUGUACCGAGGAUACAACACAGGGCCGGGGCUCCAGGAAUGACGUACAGUGUACCGAGGACACAACACAGGGCCGGGGCUCCAGGAAUGACGUACAGUGUACCGAGGACACAACACAGGGCCGGGGCUCCAGGAAUGACGUACAGUGUACCGAGGAUACAACACAGGGCCGGGGCUCCAGGAAUGACGUAACAGUGUACCGAGGAUACAACACGGGGCCGGGGCUCCAGGAAUGA